GGCGUGGUGGGCUCGGCGGAGCAGAACCGCGCGCACAGCGCCCGCUUCUUCGACUUCCUCACGGCCGAGCUGGGCCUCGGCCCCGAGCGGAUUAUCAUCCGCUUUUACCCAGUGGAGCCCUGGCAGAUUGGCAAGAACAGAACUGUCGUGACUUUCCUAUAAUUCUGCGGGACGCCCGUUGGAACAAAGCUCUGGCAAAGACAUAACCCGGAGAUGACCAGUGCCAUCCUCUUCUUUCUUCUUAUGAUCUUAUCUG